CUCCAGAUCACAGACACUGCAAUCACCACAAGCAUUUAUACAGAAUCCAGUCAAUCUCAUUUCCAGACAAUUUCACCUUCUUCCAGAAAGCCUGCCAACAUGGGUCUGCCACAAUGGAUCGUCGUCCAUAUCAUCAACAGCAUGAAGAGCGACACUAUCUCUGUCAAAAACGCAGCUCACUCCUACGGCAAGUUUUACAGAAACGGCAACAAGGACAUUGAGAUCUCCAUCGACGACAUCAACAAGAUUACGGUUGCUCCCGACGGGUCGGCCGACAUCGGUGCCUGUGGCAGACAGGACUCUUGGUCUGGAACCACAGGCAGCUUUGAGCUGUACGACGGGGACAGCAAGAUCUGCACGAUCAGCUGGGACUGCCCCUGGGGCAAGCCUACCAACGAGUUCGGGGUUUCCGAGCAGAGCAAGGAUUACUGGGUUCAGCCGGGUGCCUGGAACCGUGAGGGAGGUGCCAUCGGUACUGUUGACGUUGAAGUCGGCAAGAAGGGUUAAAGCUGUUCAUUGGCAAGGGAUACAGCAUUGGCCUGAGAGGGAAUCUUAAGUGUUUACAACUACGCGAUCCAUAUUCCUGCCUAACUUGAUCUGGAAUCCACGAUUAAUUCAGGUAGAUUAUGUCAGUGUUGAUGAAAUUCGAGUGUAGUUGUUGAAUGG